AUGGGCAAUUUGAAAACAUUGCAACAUCUAUCUUUGGCUCAUAACAAACUCCAAGGGUCUAUUCCUGAAUCAUUUAGUGGCAUGAUAAAUAUGGAAUCCUUGGAUCUCUCCCAAAAUUAUUUGUUUGGAGUGAUUCCAAAGUCCUUAGAGUUACUUGUCCAAAUGGAGUACAUUAAUCUUUCAUACAAUUUAUUGCAUGGAGAAAUUCCAAAUGGUGGGCCUUUUCCUAAUUUUACAUAUGAAUCUUUUAUAAUGAACGAAGAUCUUUGUGGGGAGCCCCAGCUAAAAGUCCUUCCAUGCAAAAAAGGAAACAAGCACAUCUCAACUAAAAUAAUGCUUGUCAUCAAAUGCUUAUUGCCUAUGGCUUCUGCAAUCAUUUUGGUUGCCUCAUGCCUAAAGUUUCUUAAGUUUAAGAAGGGUCAUGUUAGUCAUGAGAUGAAUAAUAGAGACUCUUUAAAUUUGGACACACUGGCUAGGAUAUCCUAUUAUGAUCUUUUGCAAGCAACAAAUGGGUUUGAUGGGAGUAAUUUUCUUGGCAAGGGAAGUUUUGGAUUAGUCUACAAAGGAAUUCUUUCAAAUGGAAAGAUAGUUGCUGCAAAAGUAUUCAACUCAAACUUGCAAGAAGCAUUAAGGAGUUUUGACAUUGAAUGUGCUGCCAUCUGCAAUUUACGUCAUCGAAACCUCAUUAAGAUCAUUAGCAGUUGCUCAAAUGUUGAUUUUAAAUCUCUUGUAAUGGAAUUCAUGCCAAAUGGAAGUCUUGAGAGAUGGUUGUACUCCCAUAACUACUGUUUAGAUAUAGUGCAAAGAUUGGAUAUAAUGAUAGAUGUGACAUCAGCGUUAGAGUAUCUUCAUUAUGGUUCUCCUAUCCCAGUGGUCCAUUGUGAUGUGAAGCCGAGCAACAUUUUAUUGGAUGAAGAUAUGGUGGCCCAUUUAAGUGACUUUGGAAUUGCCAAAUUGUUAAUUGACUGUCAAUCAGAAAUUUAUACAGAAACUUUGGCUAUAGUUGGUUAUAUGGCACCAGAGUAUGGAUCAAAAGGAACAGUUUCAAUGAAAGGAGAUGUAUACAGCUUUGGUAUUUUGCUUAUGGAAAUGCUUACAAGGAAGAACCCAACAGAUGAAAUGUUUACUCAAGAUCUGAAUCUGAAAGAAUUUGUUAGCAAAUCAACACCACAUUCAAUCAUCAGUAUCGUAGAUGUCAAUUUGCUGCACACAAGCAAUCAAAAAAUUGGUAAUAUAUUGCUGUAUAUAUCACCAAUUUUUGAGUUAGCCUUAAAUUGUUGCGAUGAUGCACCUGAGGCAAGACCUAAUAUGUCAGAGGUUGUGGUGUCACUGGGAAAAAGCAAGGCCAUAUUAAUGCAAUAUUCAAGGAACUACUAGCUUGUUGGAUAAAUGUUAAAUCAAAAUUUAUCUGCUACAAUCUUUCACCCUUUGGAUUAUAUUGUUCUAUUGUGGGAACAUAUAUGGAGAGUGAUGAUGUCUCCCGUAUUAAUAUAUUAACGACUUGAAAUUUGAGAAUUUUGAACUGCGCAUCUGGGUUUGGG